CAUGCGUCUCACGAGCGAGCGUAGCUGGGCAAAGAUGGCGGCGGGCUCCGAUUUGCUGGAUGAUGUUUUCUUCAACACAGAGGUGGACGAAAAAGUAGUUAGUGAUUUGGUCGGGUCUCUGGAGUCUGAGCUUACGGGAGCAGGGCACGUCAACGCAACAGCCAGGGUGCAGGCUGCAGCAAAUCACGUCGGCAACUCAGCUGUAGGUAGUAAUUCCAAUGUUCAGGGCAGCAAAAUGGGACUUUCACAACAAGAGCUUGCUAAAGCAGGGGCAGGAGUGCAAGGAGGUGUCAUUAACAGUAAGGGGUCCCACGGUUCAAGCAUGGAUGGAGCAACCGGGACCACAUCGGCGGCGGGACCGAGCAUGACAGCCGCUCAGAGUCAGUCCAACUCGGGGACAACUAGCAGAGUCGUUACGGUAGUGUCAGAUGCACCGUCUGGUGCUGGGAAACCUGGAACGACUGCUGUUCAAACUUUGAAUGGAAGUACCGUGGUGAUGAACUGUCACAUCCCCGGAGGCGCAUCUGCUGACAGCAGCGGUAACAACUCACAGCCCGCUGUCACGCUUGUAAACAACGGACCUGUUUCUGUGAGCAAAGGAAGCACAGCGAUUUUGUCUGCAGCACCAAGUACUAUUAUUCGGACUACUUCGACGAGUGCGCAGAAUGCUGUGACUUCGCCCGUGAUUUCGUCUCAGCCCUCUUUGAAAAGUGUUCCCACGGUUACGCUUGUGAGGCCACCUAUGCAAACUCCAACGAACACCUCGCAAAGCGGGGGGAACCCCAUCACAGUUUUACCAGCGCCAGCCGUCAGUGUUACCAGCACGGCUGGCACUCUUGUCAACAAAUUCGACUCCACAAAGACUAUAGUGCAAACUGGUGCACACGUCGUGGCUUCAACUGUUGCGACAGGCACAACAGCGACCAUAAGGAGCCCGACUGUUUUGCAAAACUUGAGGACUUCAGUGCCGUCUACAAUCGCUGCCACAUCUCCUGGUGGAAUACGAGCUAUUGCUCCACAGGUGUUGGCCCCUCGACUCACUCAGCCUCAACAAAACGCCCCAAACAUCCAAAACAUUCAACUCCCUCCAGGCAUGGUCUUGGUUCGCAGUGAGAGUGGGCAGCUGCUGAUGAUUCACCAGCAGACCUUGGCUCAGAUGCAGGCUCAGUCGCAGUCCCAAAGUGCCAUGACACCAAGACCUGCAGCCCCCACAAGCACUCCACCUGUCCAGAUCACCUCUCUCCAGCCGCCAGGCGCGUCACUCCUUGCUCGUUCGGUUACCCCCACCACCAUUAUUAAACAAGGUUCCACAGUCCAGACCACUGUGGCAGCCACCACCAAACUGCAGAGGCCUCCUGUACUGCAGAACACCAUCAUGCUGGGAGGAACUGCCACCACUCCGGGUCAGCCGCUAGGAACGCCCACCACAGUACAGCCUGGAACUGCAGCCACAGCAGUAACACAGAGGGUAGGGCCCCUUGGGCCCACUGGGAGCUCUGUCACUCCAACAGCUAUCUCAGCUGAGACACUGGAGAAUGUGAAAAAGUGUAGAAACUUUCUGUCCACGCUGAUCAAGUUGGCAUCCAGUGGAAAACAGUCCUCUGAGACUACAGCCAGCGUUAAGGAGCUGGUCAAGAACUUGCUGGAAGCAAAGAUAGAGCCUGAAGAUUUCACCAGUAGGUUGUACCGUGAGCUCAACUCCUCACCGCAGCCGUACCUUGUGCCUUUCCUGAAGAGAAGUCUCCCAGCACUACGUCAGAUGACCCCGGACUCAGAGGCCUUCAUUCAGCAGAGCCUGCUGCCACAGCCCAGCACUCAGCCCGCUGCGACAGCCUCCACAGCCCUCACCGCUGUGGUGCUGCGACCUCCUCUCUCCACCGCCGCCACUACAGCCGCCAGCACUGCUGCAACCAAAACUACAGUCAUCAGCCUCACUCAGACACCUCACAGUAAAUCAGGACUGAUUGUACCACAGCAACAAGGGACAAUGGUGAGGCCACAGGUGACGCUGGCUCAGUCUCCCAUGGUAACACUGAGAGGACAACCUCAUAGCCGUAUCAUUGUGGGCCAGCCACAGGUGGUCAAACAGCUACAGACAGUUCCAGCAGUGAAGCAGACAUUGGCUCCAGGGCCCAAAGGAGUGCAAGUAGUCAGUCAGGCCCCUCUCACUGCUGCUCAGAAGAACAAGCUGAAGGAAGCCGGAGGAGGAAUGUUCAGGGAUGACGAUGAUAUCAAUGAUGUGGCCUCCAUGGCAGGAGUCAACUUGUCGGAGGAGAGUGCCCGUAUCUUAGCAACAAACUCUGAGCUUGUUGGCACGGUGACUCGCUCCUGUAAGGACGAGGCCUUCCUCUCCACCUCUUCCCUCACCCGGAGAGCUCUUGAGAUUGGUAAGAAGUUUGGCGUCAGUGAGUUGGGUACAGAUGUGAUCAAUUACAUUUCCCACGCUACACAGCAGCGGCUACAAAACCUGCUGGAAAAGGUGACACAGGUGGCUCAACAGAAGAACGGAACAUUCAAGGAAGACGAGCGGUAUGAGCAGGUCAGUGAUGUGCGAGCCCAGCUCAAAUUCUUCGAGCAGCUGGAUCAGAUGGAGAAGCAAAGGAAGGAAGAGCAGGAGAGGGAGAUCCUCUUGAAGGCCGCCAAGUCUCGGUCACGGCAAGAGGACCCGGAGCAGCUCCGACUUAAGCAGAAGGCCAAAGAGAUGCAGCAGCAGGAGCUGGCUCAGAUCAGGCAGAGAGAAGCCAACCUAACGGCGCUGGCAGCAAUCGGCCCGCGGAAAAAACGAAAAAUUUACUCCCCUGUUAGAGGUGCCAGUGCAGAGAGUUCAGGGUCAGGGCCCUCCCAGCCUGGAGGCUCCAGCGGAGCAGGCUCCAGACAGUUUAUGCGACAACGCAUCACCAGAGUCAACCUCAGGGACCUGCUCUUUUGCCUGGAGAAUGAAAAAGGGAACAGCCACUCACACCUGCUCUAUAAAGGUUUCCUCAAAUAGCACCCACAUUAAAAUGACUAGUCUCAUUCAGUGGCAUUAAGGAAGCAGAGUUGACCCUCAGCUCAGACGCUCUCUGCCGGUACUUUCUUUGAUCACCCGCUGCUGAAUGAUGAGAUGUCUGUCGGUGGGAAGAGAAUUAUCUGGAACAUUGAAGAGACAUCAGCUUUUAAAGCCUCUUCAGGCAUAGGCCUUUUGUAUUUUCAGCACAGAGAUGGAGCAAAUAUUGGAACUUGGCCCUGAUUUCAGUGCACCUCUCAGCUCGGUUUGCUCUUCAGAGACCAGUUGCACUCAGCCACACUUCACUCAUGCACUGCCUCAUGCUGCACAUAAGAAAAAAUGUCUUUGACUGAAAUGAGCACUUCAGAUUUGAAAACCUCAUCAGUGUCACUGCACCGACAUCUGGGUUGUAGCAGCAAAUCUCUGUGAAGUGGUUCCAUCUUACAUUCAGGUGCUGCCUGAUUUUACAAAACUGCAGUAAUGCAAAUUUUCUUGACCAUGUUAACAUAAACACUCUGUUUAUUUAAGUUUUUAACAAAGAUUUUAAUUUAUCGCACAUUUAUACUAUAUUUUAGCACAGUUUAAUGCCUGUGGAUUGUUUUACAGAGACUAAUCUUGACUAGUCUUGUCUUCUGCUGAAUUGCCUUCUUCAGAUUAAGCCAUAUGAAUUAGAAUGUCUUGUUCAGUUUAAGAAACUUCAUCUAUCCAACAGUUUCUUUCCAGAUUUGUAGGAUGCGUGCUUUAUUGUUUUGUUUGCUUUUUUUGUUUGUCUUUGCUUGAUUGGAAACAAAAUUGAUGAUUUAUGUUAUAUGUUGUGCAUGGUGUAAUCACAGGUGUUGGUAUUUGAACUCUCACUAGUGUUUUCACAGUGGGAGUUCCUGACACAGUGGUUUUUAAUUCAGAUUGUAGCACAUUUACUACACAGACUACAAAUACUUUAUGUUCCUAUUGAUCAUUUCUGAAGCAUACAAUACUGAGUUUUUUUUCCUAUCUGCCAAGCAGACCAUUUCCAUUUAUUUCUUCAGCAACGGUACAAUAUUCAAUUGGCUUUCUGUCAAUAUGCUGGUGGCAAAUUAAGUAGUAGUUAUUUAGAAGAUCCAAGAACAAUGAAACAUUCACAUUAUGAAAAUAAUAAUGUGGACUUGGCUCUGUUUCUUGAAUAAUGUUAGGAAGAAGCAGCUAUUAGGUUAUUUUCUUGUCUUUUUUUUAAAUGUCACAUAAAGAAUAACAGACCUUUUUUUCCAAAUAAGAAUGUGCAAUAUUAAAGUAACAUCUGGCUAAAAUUUAUUUGGGCAGGAUGUUUAUUGUGAUGGAUUGUCCAUCUCAAGCACAUUCAAAAAAAAAAAAAAAGAGAGAGAGAGAGAAUGGACAUACGUGGCUGCCUAACAUUACUUCCAAAAAUGGAAACUAGUAUGGUAUGAUUGCAUGCAUUUGGAAAUGAAGUGGCUGUUAGAAAUGUUUAGUCCAGGCUGUGUAGCUCAUGUGCUAUAAUGUGAAUUUUAAGAGAUGGAAAAUGGAGAAGUGAAUUCCAGUAAUGUUUUUGAUUGCAGUCCUUUAAGUGAAUCACACUUGAUUAAAUUAAGUUGUGCAUCCACAUUUUUAUAUUUGAAUGAAUGAUGGAGGUCAUGUUUGGUAAACAUGAGCAUGAAAUGCAGAACACGGACUGCACUUUGACAGGUUUUCUAAAACUAGUCGAUCAGAUGAACAUACCCACUUUAUAUCUUUUUAUAUUUUUAGUGCACAUAACUAAUUUUGAUCUUUAUACCUUUUGUCAUUUUAUGAAAAGGAUGUUUAUGGGCAAAUUUUAUUACUGUAUAUACAGAAAUUUGCUAUUUGUAGAUUUAUCAGUUGACAACUUUAAAUUGAGAAAAUUUGUCUUAUUUUUCAUGUAUAUAGAUAUGAUAAGUAAGACAAAUAUUUGAUGCUCUCUUGCCAAUAUCUUGUACAUUUUGCACAGCCAGUUGUUCAUAUGUAAAUAUCUGAAUUUAAAAAAAAGUUUUUAAUUGCUAUUUUAUAAUGGAUUGAGAGAUAACAAUCUCUAUUAAAACAAAAAACAAAUAUCUUUA